AUUUUUUUUUCUCUCUCUCUUGCCAAGAAAUACCUAGAAAAGGGCAUAAAAACAAUUGAUUUUUUCCCUCUCUUUCUCUUUCUCUUUCUCCUUCUCUUUUGGUCAAUGAAUUUGAAUCCUCAAGAACUUCAUUAUUUUAAGCGUGAACUCAUUGCUCGACAACUCGAGCAUGAAAUACAAGAACUAAAGCGCUCCAAUGAUGUAUCAAGUUUGGUAAACCCUUCUAGUGAAAAUAAACACUAUCCAUUUCUGCAAUACAUCAGCAAGCAUUUCGUACUUGAAUUUCCUUUACUUAAGAACGGGGAUGAAAGAGGCUUCUUUAACAAAGUCCAAGCCUUUUUGGAUGAAUACAGCAAGCUUAAAUUAAACAAUUAUGCACCCAAGAGCUCAAGAGAUUCUCAAAGACGCGUCUUGAUUUACAAGAUUCAGAAAUUAUUGAUUGUUGCUCUCUCGGCCAGUAUCAAGACAGUCCAAGGCAAAGAAGAAAGCAUUGAUCUCUUGUCUGUAGGUUCCAAAGAGACCGAGGAGGAUGCAUUGGCUACCAAACUCAACAUGACUCGACUCGAGAGUGAAGAAGGCUACCUUGAAUGGAUGGGACUCAAUGGCCUUCAACUGAACGUGGUAACUGUGCGCGAUGUGAGUCAAGUCAGAACGAUUCGUGAACACAUCCACUCUGAAUUUAUUGUCAAGACUGAACUGGUGGUUCAGAACGAACAUGGGGUGGAAACAACAGCACCUGUGUUUGUAGCCAAGCGUCAUGGACAAUUCCGUCAACUCCGGGAUGAUCUUAAAGCCGCUUAUCCUACGCUUGAGUUACCCAAUGUUCCUUCCAAGGCACAUGAUUCUUCUGACAGUAAGCAGUUGCACCGCGAAAAGGAUCGUAUCAUGCUUCGUUUGUUCUUGCGUCGAUUGGCUGCUGAAUCUCAAGUGGCCAACAGCGAGAUCUUCCGCGACUUUUUGUUGAGCAAUCCUGUUCAAUUGACAGCAGAAGAGCAGAAGGAUGCAGAAAACCGUGCCAAGAUGGACGAGAAUAGAGCACAAGAAGAAAAGCGAUUCCGUGAACAAGUAGACAAAAAGAUUGUAGAGCUAGAUGGUCUAUUGAAUAUGCUGAAGCAACAGAUUAUGAAACCCAAUGGUUUAAUUGAGGUGUUUGAGAUUAUCAAAAAGACAAACACCAUCAAUCAAUUGCCUCCUGAAUUACGUAAAGCCAUUGAAUGGGGUAGAAUCAAUUUUGCCUUUGUCCUUCAUACUCAAUUUGUUACCUCUGAUCGUUCAGUUGAAAAUACUGCUAAUUUGAAACGAACUCAUUCUUUAAUGCCAUACCGUGCUAUUGCUCAAGUCUUGAAGCUUUCCAAUCCAUUUUAUAUGGUCAAGGGUGUCUUGGAUCUCUUUUUAGCUCAGCCUUUUGGUGGCAAAAGUUUAUUUCAAAGAAUUGUGUUGGCCAACAUGAGUGAAGAAACCAAAGAACUCACAAAAGAUAUUGAAGACCUUCAAAACAAGAUCAACGAUCCCCCUCUUUGUCAAAAGAUUGCCAAUGCAGUCCAGACAGAACUACCUGAAGGUGUCACAUUGGACAAGACAACACCCAUUACAGAGACACUCGAGAUGCUGAAGGACAGCAAUAUUAAACCUAUCUUGACUCCUCAACAAAUCUUAAAGGUGGCCUUUGCCAAUCAACCAGGCAAGGUUGAGUCCCGUGAGCUUGUUGAAAACCUGUACAAGUUGUGGGUUCUUUAUGCUCGUAAACAAGAACAAGAGCUCUUGAUGGCCCUUGUCUUCCAAGGCGUAACAGGUGAAAUCACCAAGGAUUUGUUUGCCAUCUUUUAUGAACCUUUGGCUCAAGUCUACAAGGCUGCCAAUAUUGGUGAUACUAUUGGUCAUGUAUCUGGCUUCAUCAACGAUUUGAUUGAAGUGAUUGAUAAAUUAAAUGUAGAAGACGUAUCUCAUACUGCUCAACCUUUUAUUGACCUGGUCCAACGCCAUGAAGAAGAAUUCUAUCAAUUUGUUCACAAUGUCCAUGCUCAAGACCAAUCCAAAUUGUUUGAUAGUCUAUUGGGCUAUGUCAACUCUCUGUUUAGUUUUGUAUCGAACGGUAUUCCUACACGUAUUGAUAUUGAACAAAUCGUAUCUGAAGCCGGAAUUUCUGAUGCUGAAUACCCUGAACUAAAGAAGGAAAUUAAUGCUAUCUGCGACUAUCACCUCGAGCGCAAAAAAAGACAUUUGGAGCGUAAACGACAAAAGAUGAUGUCCACCAACGAUGUUGCAGACAGUCAAGAGAUGUUUGAAUUCUUACCUGAAAACAAAGAAGUCAUGAGUGUGUUUAAUGACAUGGCAGACAUUGAUUAUGAUAGUGAAGAUGAUGAACGUUCUAUUACCAGUGGUAACAGCAGUAGUAGUAGUAGUAGUAGCCUUGCUGCUCAUGAAAUGACCUUACGCCCACCUACUCUUCAUAUUGUACCCAAAGUCUCUCCCAUUUUUGUUGAACAUGUAAAGAAAAUCAUGUAUUAAGAAAAGUAUGAUUAUAUUGUGCAAGUUACCAAGACAUACUUGGUUUGUCUGUAAUGCCUUUUAACAAUAAAGACCUCAAAUAUUUCCAAC